AUGGCACAAGGUUCAAGCUCAGAUGAUGCAACAUUGGCGAGCGCUGCAACGCCCUGGUUCAGAGUGGCGUCGGUCGAAAAGCUAGCAUCCUCAUCACGCCAUCAUAUCACACUGCGUCACCCAGACACCCAAGAGUACCACUCACUUCUCAUCUUUUCCUUCCCACCGCCAACAGCCAAAAAUGUAGGCAUCACAGAUCAGCUCGCACCGAGCUCUACCUCGAGCUCAGCCGUGCCGAGCCACGACACAUAUUACUGUAUGGAAGCCACGUGCCCGCAUCUAGGCGCCCCACUUGAGAAUGCUACGAUCGAGGCCAACGAUGUCGACCUUGACACCGACUUUGACGAUGACAUCGAAGACUUGGUCGUAGUUUGUCCAUGGCACGAAUACGAUUUCAGCUUGAGGACCGGAGAGUCGUCUCACGGUGUCUCGGCUUGCGUCUAUGCCUGCUCGGUUCGUCAAGACACGCUGUACAUCCAAGCGCCAUUGCCAACCAAGUUUGGCACGGAUCAAGACGCUCACAGUGCUUGCUCCAAGUGGGAACUCGUCGAACUACGCCCCGUCAGCGAAACUUUAGCUGGUGUAGCAUCGCGCCAAGACGCUGUCCAAUCGCUGCAUGCACAAACAGCGCUGCUGUCACUUUCGUCGGUCAAUACGCAACCUCAGCCGCUCACGAUCGAGCGUGUUGCUCGCCAUGAUUUGCCCAACAACGAUGCCGACAAGUGCGACGCCCCGCUUACACCGCCUUGGCGUCGCCCAAAGACACUGGUAGAAUGGGCUGUGCUCGUACUCAACACGUCGGAUCCUGUCGGCAAGGUCGAGUACACGCGCAUGGCGGCCAAAGCCUUUCGAUCCGGAGAAUGCAAGCUGAUCGGUGGAGGUCAAUGGCACACGAGCGACGCGUCGACGGGCCGACGAGAAUGGAUCACCAAGCCACAAGAGACAGCACCAGAGCGACCACCACGAAGCAAGGAGGAAGUGCGCGUUCGACCAGGCCAAGAAGGCAAGCGCGGACGCGGCGGUACGGAAAAGAGCCGCAUCGCCAUUCUGCACUCGCUCGCCAACAUUGAACAGUGGGCAAUCGACCUGGCAUGGGACAUGAUCGCGCGUGCUCCUCAGCUGUGCGCGCGCUUCUUUGGCGACGCCAACGCCGAUGCUGACGCUGAUCAAGAUGCAUGUCCAGUGACGCGCAAAUUGCCUCUCCAGUUCUUUAGCGAUUUCGUCAAAGUAGCCGAAGACGAGGCCAAGCACUUCUCGCUGCUCAGCAAGCGUCUGCAAGAGAUGGGCAGCUACUUUGGAGCAUUGCCAGUGCAUCAUGGCCUGUGGGAUUCCGCCAUGGAGACGGCGCACUCGCUCACAGCCAGACUCUCGAUCAUUCACCUUGUGCACGAAGCACGCGGACUAGACGUCAACCCGACCACGAUCAAAAAGUUUGCCAACGCAGGCGAUGCGCAGAGUGUCGAGACGCUCACCGUGAUCCACCUGGACGAGAUCACGCAUGUCUCUGCUGGCCAUCGAUGGAUGACAUGGCUGUGCAGCAACGCACAACCCCGUCUGGAUCCCGUCCAAGUGUUCCGUCAUGAGGUGCGCAAAAAUUUUAUCGGUCGUCUCAAAGGGCCGUUUAAUGCCGAGGAUCGACGCAAAGCUGGAUUGGACAAGGCCUGGUACGAUGAUCUCGUAGGCGAGAAGCAAAGCACGUACAGCAUUGGCGUUGUUCGUCACGAGGUGCCCGGCGGUUGA